ACGAAGCCUGCCGAAGCCGCACGGCGAAGCGCCCUGCACGGACACAGCCGACCGGGACGAGCCGCUACAGCCAGACUAGAGCCGAGCCGAGCCGAGCCACGAUACACACAGGCAGGCGGGCGAAAAAAACAGGCAGCCAUGCGGAGGAAAUCGAGGAUAUUGUUAUGUUUUGCGGUGCUGUGGGUGCUGGGGAUAGCCUACUACUUCUACUCGGGGACAGCGCUGAGUCGAAAGGAUGAUUGGGGCUCCAGUGACUUGUCUAGUAGGAAUAAAGCUCGCAGCUCUGAUGACAAGGCUCACGGCCUGGAGACUCUGCCGCCAGGUAAAGUGCGCUGGCAGGAUUUUGACCAGGAUUUAUACGUUGGAGCCACGGUGGUCCGACCAGGUCAGGAUCCAUACGCCAGGAACAAGUUCAACCAGGUUGAGAGCGACAAACUCCGUAUGGACAGAGCCGUGCCUGACACAAGACAUGACCAUUGCAGACAUAAACAAUGGAAAUCAGACCUAUCAGCCUCCAGUGUGGUCAUCACCUUCCACAAUGAAGCUCGCUCUGCUCUGCUGCGGACUGUGGUCAGUGUCUUGAAGAAAAGCCCUCCUCACUUGGUCAAAGAGAUCAUUCUGGUUGACGACUACAGCGAUAACUCGGAGGACGGAGCAUUGCUGGGGAAGAUUGAGAAAGUGCGUGUGUUGAGGAACGACCGCAGAGAAGGACUGAUGCGAUCGAGGGUUCGUGGUGCAGAUGCUGCCACAGCACCAGUCCUCACAUUUUUGGAUUCUCACUGUGAAUGUAAUGACCACUGGCUAGAGCCACUACUGGAGAGAGUGGCUGAGGAUAAGACCAGAGUAGUUUCUCCUAUUAUUGAUGUCAUCAACAUGGACAACUUCCAGUAUGUAGGAGCCUCAGCCGAUCUGAAAGGAGGCUUCGACUGGAAUUUGGUGUUUAAAUGGGAUUACAUGACUCUGGACCAGAGACGGGCGAGACAAGGCAACCCCAUCGCACCCAUAAAGACUCCAAUGAUAGCAGGAGGUCUAUUCGUCAUGGAUAAGGAAUACUUUGAGCAGCUCGGAAAGUAUGACAUGAUGAUGGAUGUAUGGGGAGGAGAGAACCUGGAGAUCUCAUUUCGUGUGUGGCAGUGUGGUGGCAGUCUGGAGAUUAUCCCCUGCAGCAGAGUUGGCCAUGUCUUCAGAAAACAACAUCCAUACACCUUCCCUGGUGGCAGCGGGACCGUGUUUGCGAGGAACACAAGGAGAGCAGCAGAAGUGUGGAUGGAUGAGCAUAAAAACUUCUACUAUGCUGCUGUCCCCUCAGCGAGAAAUGUCCCCUACGGAAAUAUCCAGAGCCGUUUGGAGAUGAAGAAGAGAUUAGGCUGUAAGCCAUUUAAAUGGUACCUGGAGAAUGUCUACCCUGAACUGAGGGUCCCAGAUCACCAGGACAUAGCGUUUGGAGCCUUGCAGCAGGGAGGAAACUGUCUGGACACCCUGGGUCAUUUUGCUGAUGGGGUGGUGGGCGUCUAUGAAUGCCACAACGCUGGGGGAAACCAGGUAGCGUUACCACGAGGACACACACAGGAAUGGGCCCUGACCAAGGAUAAAUCGGUUAAGCACAUGGACUUGUGUCUGACUGUGGUGGACAGAACAGCCGGCUCCCUCAUUAAAUUACAAGGCUGUCGAGAGAAUGACAGCAGACAGAAAUGGGAGCAGAUUGAGUCCAACUCGAAGCUUCGUCACGUGGGCAGUAACCUCUGUCUGGACAGCCGCAGUGCCAGGAUGGGCGGACUCACUGUGGAGGUCUGCAGCCCCAGCCUCAACCAGCAGUGGAAGUUCACCCUCAAUUUACAAUCAUAGGGGGCGCUACACAGUUGGAUCUUGGAUAGAGACACCAACGGACUCUGAAACGCUGGUAAGAAGAUGGACUCCAGGAGAAAGACAAACUCAAUGGAUAAAUGGAUGCUUUUAGCUCCUCCUCCUCCUCCUCCUCCUCAGAGGUGCAGCCAGUCAUGUCUACACCCCUCUCCCCCACCUCACCCCUCCUAAAAGAAAAACAACAACAAAAAAAAACAACAAAAAAAAACCACAACGAGCCACGCCCCCUGGGGGGAGGGGCUUGCAGACCAUACUGGAGUAAGCAGAAACUUGACUGUAUUUGAUGGAUGGGUGGCGACAGUGAUGAUCGUGAUGAGGAUAAAAGCGAUGAAGAGGCUUUCCAUCCAAACUACAUACCUCAGUGUUUUUUCAUUGAUGGUUCCAGAGGCAAAUGACGAAUGAAUUCUUUUUGUUCUUUUACUUUCUUCAAUGCUGGUGAAAUAGAACUCUCUGACGUUUUUAUUUUGUAAUUAUUUUAUUUUCUUAUUAAUAUUUUUUAUUUCUUGGUCUUAAUUCUGUAUGGGGGUUCACAGGAGCUUUUUUUUUUUUGUUCUUGAAAGAAUCAGAUGUUGGAUGUUGGUGUUGUUGCUCCACUCCAGUGCUCUCUCGUUGGUUUUCCACACCGAGCUAGAGCCUGUAACAGCAGACGGAGGCUUCGGGUUGCGGUUUCGAUAAAGGUUCAGGUGUAGAGUAAUGUGAAGAGAGGAAAUGGACUCAAUUUCAUGAGCUUCUCCUCUUGUUUACUUUCAUUGGUUUACAGGAUCAACAGAGAUAAAGAGAGAUGAGGUGGAGAGAAGAAUGCUGUGUGUACUUCCUUGUUUUCUGUACGGUUUUUCCUACAGAAUGUGUCUUGCGGAGGGGGAAGGGGUUCAGGGAGGAGCUUCUGUACUUUGGACGGGGCCUAACACCGGUUUGGCCUGGAAGAACAGUUCCUGAAAGCAGGAAGUGUCCUGAAGCCCAAUCUGAAGAUUUACUGUUUGUCUUCAGGCUGUAGCACUGGCUGUUACAGCAUCUUCACUUCCACACCGUUAUGUCUCUAAAGAAAAAACACAGAAAAUAAAUCUCUUACCAGUCUUUUUUUGUUUACUUUUGUCAAAAAAAUUUAACCAAAUUUCCAAAUUGAUGUUUUGUGUUUCGGGAAUACCAGAGGAGCGAUUGAAAUCAUUUUUCUUUACAUACUCUCGCUGUUCUCUAUCAGCUCCUUUGGAGCAGUUCCGUUUAUACAUCUUCCUUUUCCUGCACAGAUAAUGGUCUUUGCCUUUGUCUAUAUUGCCAUUGUAGGCGGGUUACUGUCUAAGAAACGUGCCCAAACUGGAUUUGAUGUUGCAGCUUCUUCUCUAGAGAAACAGGUGUUUGCUGCAAAUGGAUAACAGUGACUUUUUAAUAUCACCGUGAUGAGAUGCCCAAUAUUUUACACUUUUACACUAACAGACAUGAUUAAGAUGAUAGUUUAUCCACUUUCAACACUACCCAGCAUGCACUGGCAUAGGAAAUUUAUUGGUGUCCAUGUGUGGCAAAUUUCUCAAAUGACUAAUAAUGAAGUUCUGUGACAAAGUCAAGUUGUUUUGUUUUUUUUUAUUUAUAGAGACCUCACAGAUCCCUCAGUUUUGUUGACAAAGUAAAACCUUGCUUAUUCCAGCCUGAGAACAGAUGUCAGUGUUUCCAAAGUCCUGACUGUAGACAAACUGUAUGAAAUGUCCAUGCACAUGUGUUCUUAGCUCCUGCAAGCUGCACGCAUCACCAACAAGUUCCUACAAUUACACUGAGACAGGAGUGUUUUGCAUGAACAUAUUUGUUUUCCUCAUUGUGGCUUUUAGAUGAGCCAUCUGUUCAGAAGUUUGAAAGUGCAGUAAACAAGGUUUUGCUGUUUGUCCUCACUCUGUUUCUGCUGGAGGUGGGCAGGUUUUUCUGAUUGCACAAACAGGACUGCUUAGCCUGUGCUGUGCUGAUACAAAUAAGAACUCUUUUCUCUUUUAUUUUGGUGAGCUGUUUUAUUCAGUGCAACAAUAUUUUGGUGCAACCAAAAAGAAUUGUGCCACUUGUUAGUUUCUUGUCACCUGACUGUGUUACUGAUGUCCUUUACAGUACAUGUAUCUGUUGCAACACUAGUCUCCCCUGUGCUUCAUCAUCACUUCAUCUUCACUGCUGUGAUUCUCUGUACUGUUAGUCACUGAUGAGUAAUGAGGGUGGAUUUUAGUGGGAAUUGGUUUUGAUUAAAUUUGGAGCGACUCGUCACUUGGCAGCUUUAAGGCAAAUACAUAAACACAAAACAUCUCUGAACAGAUAUAAUGUACAGAAGAAAUGACCAAUAGAAAUCACAUUUCCUAGUUUAUUCUAGAAAGAAGCUGCAGCCUCAAGUGUUUUUAAUGAGAAAUAUCCUCUGUUUCUCAUCAUUUCUCUCCCUCUCUCUCACACACAAUCACACUUACUUGUGAAUGCUCCAUAGAUUUUUUUUUUUUAUCCAAAACUGACAAAGACAGCUGGUUGUGUUUGCUGUGUUCUCUGAUACUCUUGUAUCCCUUUCUUGUUUUCUGCCAUUCUGUUUCCUUGUACCUGAUGCUUUGUCUUGUCCUACAAGUUCAUCCAUCUGUAAGCAGAGUGAGUGGAGUGAGAGGGGUCAGCGGAAACUGCAGCUGGUGGAAAAGUCUAUCCUUUGACUUGAUAGGUUUCUUCAUUGUGCUUUGAGGCAUAGGACCUGUGGGUAUGAGGCCGGAGUGAGACUCACCCUGAGGGGGGGUGUGAGGAAGGUUUUGUGUUUCCAUGGUGACCAGACUCAAGGGCCCAAAUCUGGUUUAGGGUUUCAGUUAGAUUCAAAGCUAAUCAAGAGGUGGAUUUACUGUUAAAGUUUUUUAAUGCCGGAAAGUUUUUUUUUUUUUUUUUUUGCCAUUCUGUUUGGAAAAUGUAAAAUAAUAUGAAACAUUUUCAGUUGUGUCUUAAUUUAAGAAUAUUGCAAUUCACAAGAGGAGUUUUUAUUCAUAUUCCUCAAAUGUGCAUCUAAACCUGUGUCUGCAGUCAAAUCAGAGGCUUUGGUGGGGUACAUGACACUAAAGACAUGUUACAAUAGAAAACCCAUUUCCCCCCAGCCUACUACAUGGUGCAGCGUACACACACACACACACACACACACACACACACACACA